AUGGACCGCGCAAAUCUCAUUGCAACACUCGCUGCAGCAAAACAAACCCUCAAACGACCUAUCGUCACCCUUGCAAAUUGCGACAACGCAUGGCUCAUCUCCAUUCCCCGGCCUACUGGAGCGACGGGUAAAAAGGUCUUUUACCACAUUCUACAAGACCCAUGGCUCUUUGGCGUGAAUGAUGUCAUCAUCAGCUACUUCUUGCGGCUGUCACUCAAGGAAAAGUCGGCACUGGAAACAAUUGAAGCCUGCGAAGAUCUGGUUCGAGAGAUUGAGGAGGCCGCGGGAGGCUCAAAGGAGGACGGCGAGUGCUGGCUCGAUGCAGUGACCGUCACCCAUACCAACACGGAUCACCUGCAUCAACCAACUCUGCGAACCUUUGAUCCAUCACUCAAAGUCUUUGCCGUGGAGGACGCCGCCGCAACGAUCUCUGCCAUGAAGCACUUUGACAAUGUCUACGUUCUUCCGGACUUUGUACGCAACCAGGCAUGGCCGACAACGCCAGAGAUGCCCCAGUGGUUGUCCAUCUUCCGGCUCGAGGACGAGACCAAGCAGUACCCCAACCUCUACCAUGCCAUCGUCAUCAAAAUUGCAGCUGCGAAUGGAAAAGACGAAGUCAUAUUGUACAGCCCUCACGGAGUAGACCCCGGUAUCGUGGAAGCCGCCAUGGACAUGAACCCCGACGCCAAGGUCAUUGCGAUGACGCAUCCGAUUAACGAGGCUGGUGUUGGACUCAAGUCCAAGGGGGUAGCCAAUGCUCUGAAAAUCCAGCGGAAACAUUCACCAAAGUACUGGAUUCACUGCCAGGAAGGAAUCCAGUACACAGGAUUCUUGACGUGGUUCUUCGACUAUGGAGACAAGACUUUGGAAAUAGGCCUAGAGGAAGAAGCCAAAGAAACCGAAGAGGAGCUACCUAGGCCCAACUACGUGACGAUUUCGAACGGCGCAGGAUUCGUUCUGGCAUGA